ACGGUCAAUCAUAAAAUAUGAGCUCCAAGUAUAAAAGCACAGCCAAGAACAAGAGACAGCUAGCUCUAAUUAAGCUAGCGGACCAACGGAAGAAAUCAAAGAUGGUUGGAGCAGUUCUACCUCCAACUCUAAAAUGCGCCGUGAGUGCGGUUGCAGUCUUAACCUGCGCACUUAUAAGCACCCUCUCUUUCGCUCUCCAUGACGCCGCACAGGACCCAAUCAUACACCAGGUCACAGACAAUCACCGCCCUCUGCUGGGGACAGAGAGAAGCUUCCAGAUGUUCAUCGAGAAAUACGGGAAGAAGUAUUCGACCCGAAAGGAGUACAUGCACCGCCUCGGGAUCUUCGCAAAGAACAUGGUCAGAGCCGCCGAACACCAGGCCCUUGAUCCGACUGCUGUCCACGGCGUCACGCCUUUCUCGGACCUGUCCGAGGAGGAGUUCGAGCGGAUGUACACCGGCAUGAGAGCUGUCCCGCCGGCCAGCUCGAAAGACAGCGUUUCUGAUAGUGCUCCACCGGUUAUGGAUGUUGGUGAUUUGCCUGAGAAUUUUGAUUGGAGAGAGAAGGGAGCUGUUACUGAGGUCAAGAUGCAGGGUGGGUGUGGGUCGUGCUGGGCCUUCAGCACUACAGGAGCAAUUGAAGGGGCGAAUUUUAUUGCAACAGGAAAGCUUCUUAGUCUCAGUGAGCAACAGCUUGUGGACUGCGAUAACACGUGCGAUGCGAAAGACAAGACCGCCUGCGACAGUGGGUGUGGUGGCGGGCUUAUGACAAAUGCCUACGAAUAUCUGAUUGAAGCGGGGGGGUUGGAGGAGGAGAGCACAUACCCAUACACCGGAAGACGGGGCGAAUGCAAAUUUAAUCCGGACAAGGUGGCUGUAAAAGUUGCCAAUUUUAGCACCAUCCCUAUUGAUGAGGACCAAAUUGCAGCCAAUUUAGUCCGCCAUGGCCCCCUUGCCAUCGGGUUGAAUGCUAUGUUUAUGCAAACGUACAUAGGAGGUGUUUCGUGCCCCCUAAUCUGUUUCAGGAAAUGGGUGAACCAUGGUGUUUUACUUGUGGGGUAUGGUGCCAAGGGCUACUCCAUUCUCAGGCUGCGCAACAAGCCAUAUUGGAUCAUCAAGAAUUCAUGGGGUGAACAAUGGGGAGAGAAUGGGUAUUAUCAUCUUUGCCGAGGCCAUGCCAUGUGUGGCAUGAACUCAAUGGUCUCUGCAGUUAUGACCCGUACUCGUCCCGCCUAGCUACAAGGCUAAAACUAUAAGAGACAUAGACAUGUUUGCAGCUCUUUUGGUUAAACUUGUGUGUUUAAUUUUCCUAUAUAUAUCUACCCUUUAGUUUCUUUGGCCAGUCGAUUUGUUCUCUUUUUUGUUGUGAAAUUCUUCUUGUACCUUUUGGUUAAGAUUAUGGAGAGAGAGAAAACUGAACAGGUUCUGCUUGGGUGUGGUAGGGUGCGUCUUUGUUUGAAGAGAAUCAAUGAAAUUGAUGGUGAUACCAAUGUCGAAGAUCUAUGAGUUAAUAGUGUGCAUGAUGAAAAUGAUAACCAUUGUU